AUGGUCAUCCUGCAAGUUUAUGUGACAGUGUGUUUUGUCAUUACUGUUGUUGUGCAGGAGGUGGAGGCUCUGUUUGACGGCGAGGACCUUCCCAAGUUCCUGAGCUGUGAGUUUGUGAGCAACGACAACUGGUUCGUCACAUUCAAGUCAGAAACAGACGCACAACAGGCCUACAGGUACCUGCGAGAAGAGGUCCGGGUGUUUAAGGGAAAGCCCAUCAUGGUGAGGAUAAAGGCCAAAACCAUGGCCGUCACUUCCUACGCUCCAAAGAAUGGCUACCGACCCGCCCAGAUGGACGGCAAUCAUUACAGCUCUUACUUCCCGCCCAACACCUACCAGCAGCACUGCCCCAGCCACAUGCAAGCACAACAGCUGUACGACUUCACCAACGAGGUGUGGGCUUCAGCUGCGACGGGAUACCAAGACUGUGCGGAGCCUCAAACGUUGAUGAAUGACUUCAUGAACGGAUUCUCAACAGCUUCCAACUUCAAACCUCACAACUCGCACAGACCGAGGAGAGGCUCACGGUGGUCAAACUCCGGCGACCGUUGGCAGUCCAAUCAGAAUGAUCCCUCACACUCAUCGGAGCAAGGGCCGGGAGAGCGCUCCUGUUCUCCCACCAAGCCGGAGCGAGGGCGGUCGCGGGGCAACCUGCGCCGUCAGAGCAGAGGAAGGAUGGAGCCGACUUCUGAUCGGGGAAGGAGAGGAAACUUCAGCCAGAGGAGAGGCAACCCGAGGUCAUGGGACAGAUCUGCUGGAGGCAACCGUGUAAGUGGCGAGUGAGCGUUAUUAGUGUUUGUUCAGUUUGUAGAGACUCUGUAACCGACUGUGUGUGUGUGUGUUUGUGUG